AUGAGUGCCGCAAAUUAUGAUGGUACAAUACUCCUUGCUAUAGAUAAGAAUCCGGAAAGCAACUUAGAAGAGCGGGAAACUCCACCAGCCAUUACCACCAGCCGAAAACCGGAACUUGAUCCAGUAACUGGGGACCACAAGUCCGAAAUCAACAAAGAUGUUGGCGGUUCAAAUACUAAUGUGGAGAGUGAUGUUCCAGGUUUACCUACCCAGAUGAGUUCGCCUGGCUCUCCAAACCGAACUUACAUUUCUGAAAAGUGGGCAGAACAGCAACAGAACCUCCAGAAUUACGUUCUCGGUUCUCUCAACUCCGUGGUGGGUCUGACCACCUACAAGCGCUUCCACCGACAGCUCCUGUCACCGAAGUCCCCACUUCUCCGUAUAAGCCAAAUGAGUGUCUAUCAACGGACUCCCAAGGUCCAUACCAAAGCUACAGAACAGGAGAAUCAGUAUGGGGCAACCACUCCUCUAACCCCUCCGCAACAAUCCAAGUAUGGCUCAUCACUAUUCCCGAAUGUCUCGACCCGAGGACGGCUUCCUACUCUCAGUGCUUCGCCUGCCGCUCCGUACGGAUACCAGUUGGCAAUUCACGGUAUUAGUGGUGUGGCACACCUCCCAAACCCUAGCAUCUCACCCGCGUAUUCUACUUAUGAGUGUAAACCACAACAAGUCUCACACCCAUUUACAUCUCCGGUUCUCCGGCUCAAGGGCUAA